AUGUUCUAUCACAUCCUCCUCCUCGGGUUCCUAACCCAGACGUCCAUCCAAACCAUCCACUAUGACUACGUCAUUAUUGGCGGCGGCACCUGUGGCCUCACCGUCGCGAACCGACUUUCCUCGCAUCCUGACACCACCGUGGCUGUUAUCGAGCCGGGGAAAGACGAACAUGACAAUCCUAACGUGACCUCCAUCUUAGGUCUCGGUCUUGCAUUCAACACGUCGGUCGACUGGCAGUAUAUGUCCACAAACCAGAUAUACGCUGCAAACCAGCAAGUGGAAUACCAUUCCGGCAAGGCAUGGGGAGGAUCAAGUGCCAUAAACGGAUUGACCUACAUCCGCGCACAAAACGCCCACAUCGACGCGUGGGAAACCCUCGGCAACGAGGGCUGGAACUGGAGUACUUUAUUCCCCUACUAUCGCAAAAGCGAAGCGUUUCAGAUUCCUACCCCUGCCCAGACAGAUGCCGGUGCUUCUUAUAUUCCGGAUUACCACGGAUAUACCGGGCCCGUGAAUGUCGGAUAUCCUCUUGAGAUGCCCAACGGGUCAUUGGCGUCGUUGGUGAAUAUUACCUGGCGGAAUCUGGGGUACGAAUUCAACCCGGACCCGAAUGGGGGGUAUGUCGACGGGUUUUCGGUGUGGCCAAUGACUGUCGACAGGGAUAAGGAUGUUCGGGCGGAUGCUGCAAGAGCGUAUUAUUAUCCGGUACGGGAGAGAACAAACCUGGUGAUGAUCCAGGGGUUGGUCAAUAGAAUCAUCUGGAAGGAAGAUACCAUGGAAGAUGCCCUCGCCGAAGGAGUGGAAUUCACAGCCCCAGACGGGACGGUGCAGCGUCUGUACGCCAACAAAGAGGUCAUUCUCUCCGCCGGGGCGAUCAGAUCCCCUGCCAUAUUGGAAUUAUCAGGCGUUGGCAAUCCAGACAUCCUCACCCAAAACAACAUCCCCAUCCGCAUCCCCCUCCCCGCCGUCGGCGAAAACGCCCAAGACCAACCCAACAACGUGAUUCUCUACGCCCCUCGCACCCCCAACCUCACCGACGGCAUCCUUCCUUAUGCCACCUUCAUCACGGCCUCUGACCUCUUCGGCCCUAACCUGUCCACCAUCGCCAAUACCACUCUCGCUGCCAUCCCAGAAUGGGCCACCACGCUCUCCCUCGCCAGCAACUCCACCGUCUCGAUCCCAUCCCUCACAACGCAACUCCUCCUCCAACACUCCCUCAUCUUCACGGACCAAGUUCCCUGCGCCGAGAUCUUCACCACCCGGAUUGAAUCCUCCCUCGCGUCGUCCGUGUGGCCGUUGAUGCCGUUUUCGCGGGGCAGCGUGCAUAUCACAUCCUCGAAUCCGGAAGAGUAUCCGGCUCUGGAUCCGAGGUUCUUUAUUAUUGAUUGGGAUGUUACUUUUGCAUUGAAAGUCGCGGAGUUGGCGGGGCUGUUUUGGGCUACGGAACCGGCGAGAUGGAUGGUGGGGGAGAGGGUAUUCCCCUCGGCGGGGGUGGAGUUGGAUGCGGAGUGGGUGAGGGGUAGUUUCUACGCAAACCACCACCUCGUCGGCACGGCCAUCAUGCUACCCCGCGAACUAGGCGGGGUAGUCGGUACAAACCUUCGGGUCUAUGGCACUAGAAAUGUCCGGGUAAUUGAUGCAAGUGUGCUUCCCAUGCACCUGAGCGGGCAUUUGACGAGUACGUUGUAUGCUGUUGCAGAACGAGCAGCAGACUUGAUCAUGGAUGACUGGUGA